AUGUUCUCUCGCGUCGCCGUCUUCGCCACCCUGGCCCUCCCCCUUCUUGCGGUCGCCACGCCCGUUGAGCUCGAGGCUCGCCAGACCUGCAGCACCGGCGCCAUCCAGUGCUGCAACAGCGUCCAGAGCUCCAGCUCCGUGUCGGGCAACUUCCUCCUUGGCCUCCUCGGCAUCGUCCUCGGGGACGUGACCGGUCUCAUCGGGCUCGACUGCUCGCCCCUCACCGUCGUCGGCGUCGGCUCCGGCAACGCGUGCUCCGCUAACGCCGUCUGCUGCACCAACAACAACGUUGGCGGGCUGAUCUCCAUCGGCUGCCUCCCGGUCAUACUCUAA